GUCAGGCCCCCAAUUUUUUGUGUUCUUUCUCCUGUGUCCAUCUUUGUGAUCUUUGUUGAUGAAAUUACUGGAUUUUUUAUCAAAUUAUUACGCGUGGUAGAAAUAGUUACACAAAACAAUGUCUCUUGCCGACGAACUGUUGGCUGAUUUAGAGGAAAACGAUGAUGGUGAGCUUGAAGCUGCGAUUGAAAGUAAAACAUCGAAUGAUGUAGCCAAUGAUUUUGCGGUUCCAUUCCCUGUAAUUCCUAAAGAAGAAGAAAUUAAGAACGUUUCUAUUCGAGAGCUAGCGAAAUUAAGGGAUUCUGAGCGAUUGAAGCGGGUGAUGAUUGAAGUGGAACAAAAUGUUGGAAAUAACAGAAAGAAAAUUGAAGUUACUGGACUCAUGGAGUCAGACCCUGAGUACCAACUUAUUGUUGAAGCCAACAACAUUGCUGCUGAAGUCGAUGGAGAAAUUGCUAUUAUCCACAGAUUCGUUCGAGACAAAUAUCAGAAGAGAUUCCCAGAGCUUGAUUCCCUUAUCAUCACCCCACUUGAGUACAUCCGUACUGUGAAAGAACUUGGCAACGACUUGGACAAGGCUAAAAACAAUGAGAUAUUACAGAGCUUCUUGACACAAGCUACUAUUAUGAUUGUGUCAGUUACUGCAUCAACAACUCAAGGAAAACUGUUAACAGAACAUGAAUUAGCUGAAAUAUAUGAGGCAUGUGACAUGGCAGCAGAGCUGAAUCAUUUCAAGUCGAAAAUCUAUGAAUAUGUUGAAAGCAGAAUGACAUUUAUUGCACCAAAUAUAACUGCUAUUGUUGGGGCUUCAACUGCUGCAAAAAUCCUUGGUGUGGCUGGUGGACUUUCAAAGCUGUCCAAAAUGCCAGCAUGCAAUGUGUUGCCUCUUGGCCAGCAGAAGAAGACACUGUCUGGGUUCUCACAAGCGGCUUCCCUGCCUCACACUGGCUUCAUUUACUUUUCACAAAUUGUACAGGACACUCCACCAGAACUGCGUUACAAAGCCGCCAAGCUGGUGUCCACCAAGUUGACUCUCGCUGCUCGGGUGGACGCGUGCCACGACUCGACGGACGGACGCAUCGGCCGGCAACUGCGAGAGGGCAUUGAGAAGAAACUGGACAAGUUGCAGGAGCCUCCGCCAGUAAAAUUCGUCAAGCCCCUACCGAAGCCAAUCGAGCAAAGCCGCAAGAAGCGAGGCGGGAAGCGCGUGCGCAAGAUGAAGGAGCGAUACGCCAUGACCGAGUUUAGGAAGAACGCGAACAGACUGAACUUCGCUGAC